CCAACAAAGGCGUCGUAGGGGGGCAGCCACGGGGAGUGAGAUGUACUGGGGAAGCUGAAGUUACAAGAAUUAGUACAUGUAGGCCUAUAUAUAGGCAACUGCAAAAAAUCAAGUAAACUUGUCAGUCAGCCAUGGAGGCCAAAGGAUCACAAGGCAAGGAAGAGCAGUGGCUGCCGGCUGUACGUCAUUACCAUCCUGGGAUAUGCCAUGCUUGUUUAGAAAUGCCCUCACAGAAGUGCUCCCUCAAACGGUGUGCCCAGUGCCAGCUCGUGUCCUAUUGCUCCAAACAGUGCCAGAAAAAAGACUGGUCAUCUCACAAGCACCUUUGUCAAGCAAACAAAGUGGAUAGCGGCAAGAAUGUCUUUUCACAAGCAAAGGUAAAAGUUCAUGAUAAAAGAUCCUGGCAAGAAUUCCGGAGCUGCUUGCAGGUAGCUGCAAAUAUCAACCUGCAACGACGUUUAGACGUCUUUGAAGAUGAAAUAUUUUUAUAUCCAAGAGUGUGCGAGGUAUGCAGAGAGUCAGAUAAUUCACGUAUGAUAGAUUGUAGUCGUUGUCAUUCUGUGUUCUACUGUUCAGAUGUUCACCGUUCAGAAGAUGUCAAGCGUCAUGAAAAGUGGUGUAAUAAUUACCUUCUUUGUAUUAAGUGUGAUGUUGUAGAGUACAAGAAAGGAGUUCCAGAUCUCCCUUUUCCCACUCAGGUUGAUAGUGAAUAUAAGAAAUUACCUAAGAAGAUGGUAGAUCUUCUUAGGCCACAGCUCAACACCAAAGAUGUUUCUGAUGAUGAAUUAGAUCCAAAGCUUAUUGUAAUAUUGUCAGAGAGACUGUCAUAUCCAUUAUCCCUCUUGUAUGGCAUGCAGCUACUCUCACUUGGCCAAGAUGGGAAGUCUGUGGAACAGCUGACAGAAUUGAAAGUUCAUGUAGUGGGAGCAAAAAGUACAAAAGAAUUGCUGGGCAUCAUCCGAUGGGAAUAUAUGCUUCAUCGAUUGCCAGCUCUAAUGAAACUCCAUAUUGUGUUCAUUGGACCUGAGUUGUUCUCUGAUUCAGGUUUGAGCGAGGAACUUCCAGAUAACCACUGCCUAGAUGACAGUGGAAUGUCCCGAUGUGACAAUUGUCAGAGUAGAAAUCGUGCCAUUAUUUAUGAGAUGUGUGAGAUGCUGUACCACGACUAUGCCAAAGCCUCCUAUUAUCAGAACCCUGAUGUGAUUAUUUCCUUCAAUUGUGGUUUUCAUGAAUUUGAAGGUGAAGAAAAAGACACAUGGCCAGCUUCUUUAUCCAUCAUGCUAAAAAAUCCAGAUGUACCUGUAAUUUUUACAUCAUACACAAAAACAGAAUCUGAAAGAGAUCUUGAAGUCUUGAAAAAGAUUGAGGAUGUAGAAGUCCUCAUGCCAGUCGAGAUGAAUCCUUACUGUAGUUUAAGGCCCAUUCGGGAUUUUACUAGAGAAGAUGACUGUGACAUGUUCUUUGUGAAUCAAUAUAUAUCAUGUGUGAGAAGAAAAAAAUCAUAAGUCUUGGUUCAAGAAAAAAAUAUAUGAAUUUAAGUCAUGAUUUCAUUAUUUACAAAAACAAGGAUUCACAAAGUGAUACUACACAUAGAAGAAAUCAUCUAUAAUAAAUUGUUUUAGAAAACAUAUGGUACAAAUAUAUUUUAAUCAGUCAGCAGAAGCAAUUUUAUUUUGGAAAAUAUAUCAAUAUCAUCUGUUCUGGGUAUCCAGACAUAUGCAUUCUUAAUACAUUUAUAAGAGAAGAAUUUUAUCUUAUUUUUAAUGCUUUUGUAACUAAAAUGAAAAAAAAAAUAAUUUUUGUUAUUUUUUAAUAGAAAAAUUACACUUGAUUAUUAAAUUGUGAUGGAUAUUAACCACAUAUUUGGUAUAAUGGUGAAGAAGGUUUAGGAUGAAAAUCUAACAUAUUUAUAUAUUGCUAAAUCAAAAAGAUCAUUAUGCUUUGAUGAUAUAAUUAUGAAAUUACUUGUAAACUGUGUUAGUUCCUUUGAAGUUACCAUGCAGUAAAGAAUAAGUAGAAGUAGAGUUAGUAUCCUAACUUUCAAUGAAGUAGAAUUUGAAUGCACAGUGGAACAAGCUUGGUUUUUUAAGGGCAUUAUCAUGUUAUUUUUUUCUCUGUACAGAAUGCAAUAGUAAUUCUCAAGUUCUUACAAAGUACAAAUGUGGUAUUCAUUGUUGAGUUUAUGGGCUAUUUGUUGUUUGUGGUGAUCAGUUUGAUUUUUUUUUUUUUUUUUUUUUUUUUUUUUUUUUUUAUAGUAAUUGAAUAACUUUACAUUUGUUAGUUUCAUGCAUGGCCUGAUCUUAGAAUACUUUUCUUUGCACAAUUCUACCAUUAUGUCUUUUGAUUUUAACAGUGUAUUUUACAGAAGUCUCACAGGACAAUAAGAUAAUUUGUGUCAGUGCUA